GAGGGUACUGAGGAUUGUUAGCCAGUGAUCGCUUCUCGGCCUUUUGGCUCAGACCAAGUGUAGGACUGAGUCAGAGGUGCCCAGGGACAUCGCCCCUUGGCCUUGUAGCAUCGGCUAUCAGCCUUAAGCUACAUGCUGCUUUUGGGGCGCUUUCUACCCUGGGCAACGAGGAGCGAUCACCCCUUGCUGCAGUGAGAACCCUAACCCGUGGGGGAAACUGCGAGCAUUCCUAAGAUGGCUACGAGUGAGGAUUCGGUUCCAGUCUUCGUGAGAGUCAGGAAUUCGAUCAGAAUCGUUGCUGUGGAUCCUUCGAACGCCGAGCAGAAUCUGAAGUAUGUGGUGCAGAAGGUUCUAGAGGAAUUCGGCAGAGUCUCCAGGAGGGAAAUUCUCGCUAUUCAAGACUACCCGAAGAGAGGAGUGUAUGAUGUUACCUUCGAUGGAGAGGGAGUCUUUCGGAGCUUCAUGAGUAUCCUGGAGGGAAACUUGGCUGAUCCGAGAUUGGAAGGAUUUAAAGUUUUCCCACAUUUUGCUGAAGAAGAAGUCUUCUUGGUGGUGAAAUCUUAUUCACCGUUCGUGCCGCUAAAAGAGAUUGAAGCUGUCAUUGGCAGGUACUGUAAAAAGCUUUCUUUUGCAGGUAAAACUUUGAAUGAGUUGGGCAUUUGGACUUCCAAGUACCGUUUUAAAGCAGUCUUUGAGAAAAAGGGUACGUAUCCCCCUGCAAGAUUCCGGCUGGGUACGGUAAAUAUCGAUUGCUUUUUCAGUGGGAUGCCAGAUUUCUGCAAACGGUGUCGGCAGUACGGUCAUGUUACAGACGGUUGUGUUCUGUGUCCAAAUUGUGGUAAGGAAGGCCAUGAGGUUGUGAACUGUUCUCUUCCGAGAAAAUGUCAUUUUUCCCUACAGGAAGGACAUUUAUAUUCAAAGUGUCCGCAGAGGAAAGAUAAACCUGAAAAGAUUGUAAAACCUGCUGGUAAGUUAACUAUUGUAGAAUCAGUGACCUCUGGGGAGGAGUCGGAGCCAAGACAAGUUUCACAGGAGGGCCCUACUGUGAAGCGUACAAAGAAAGAGGAAAAGACAAAGGAAGAUGGAAGUUCUGGAAGCAGUAGAGUAAGUACGCCUGCUAAAUCUAGUAAAUCUGUUUCUAAGUCUCUUUCUAAGUCUCUUUCUAAAGGUGAAAAGUUGUAUCAGUAUUACAAGGACAAGCCAGACAGAGAAGUUCGAGAGUUUUUUGAAGAAUGGUCGGAUGAAGAGGAUUUUGAUAGAAUUAAAGGACAAAUGAAAGGACUGACUCAAAAUGAAAUAAGGGAAAUGGUACUGGGUCAUAUUAGGAAUUUAAAGUAAUUUUAAAAUUUAAAAAUAACAAAAAAUUUAAUAAAAUUUAAAAAUUGGUUUUUCUGUGAUGUUGUAAAGUAAUCAGUGGGUUUUCCUACGAAGUU